UUCACAAAAGAAGCGAUAGCUCAACUAGGGCGUACGCGCUUUAGAACUCCUCACGUGAAAUAGUCACUCUUCAUGCAAGCACAAUGGCCCCGACCCUGAGAUCCGCUACACGAGCUAGACGCCUGCCAGAAAUACCAGAGUCGUCGCCAAGUCAGACCAUCACAUUCUCCGACCUCAACAACGAUGUUUUGCUUUUGAUCUACGAACACCUCGACAAGGGAACAGGAAAGAGUGAUAAACCCAUCCAGAGCUUGUCAUUCGCCGAACGCCGUCUCCGCGAACGAACGACGCCCAUCAAGUCCUUGAUAUGCACGAACCGCCAUCUUCGCGACCUAUUUGCGCCAUACGCCUUCAAAAACCUGCAUAUGUGGCUACCCCUCAAAGAACUACCAGACCUUCCGAGGUUUCAAUACAAUGCGCAGAAGCUCCGAAUCGACAUUUAUGCAUGGAGUCAUGAUGUUGAGCUUUUUAAGUUCAUGCACAGCCUCCAAAAGCUCAGGUUUCUACAUAUUCACACGCACGUGAACUGUCGGAUUUCGGCAUUCAGUGACCCAGAUAUCGACCAUCAAGUCUUCCUCUUACCUUCCAUGGAGACGCUAAUUGUUUCAAACUGUGCCGCAUCUCUAGCAGGCCACUGUCCGAAUCUGAAAGACUUGAUCAUCAAGCCUCCUCGCUGCCAUGAGCCCACGGCGGACGUAGAGCUAAAGUGCCGCCUUAUGGCUGAACACCUGCACCCGUCUUCCGGCCUCAGUACGAAGCUCACAUCUUUUGAAGUCACAUCCAAAUGGCCCGCAUCUGAGGUCCAGUAUCUUACCGCCACAUUCCCGCACCUCCAACACUUGUGCAUCAAAACUGACAGUGGGAUCUUCUCCCGCCGCCACUUCUCCCUUCCCAGCGAUGUUCUCUGUGCCAGUGAUAUCACCAAACUGCUAGGAGACGGGCUGAAAGACCUGAGGACUUUGCGACUCUCCAGCAUGCCAAUCUUGGACCCGGAAAACCACAGGAAACCAAACUGGCUGGAUGUACCAGACCAAAGCGAGGGAACGCGGAAGGGGUUGUGGCAGGAACACGAAACUCGGAGAGUGGAAGCGGAGAACAGUAUUGCGCGGUCAGCAUUUGGAAAUAUCGAGCGUUUGGUAGAGCUCUGGGUUGGGAAGAAACGGGUUGCGAGGAGGUUGCCCGCAGAAGAGAGUUGUGACGGAGAAGACGACGUGGUCAAGUGGAUGUGGUCCCGCUCUGAAAAAGAUAUGAGAAAGUGCGGACUUGGGAGUUUGGAGGCAAAGUUCAAGGCCGAGAGAGGUGCAGUGGUCAUAAGGAGUGAGAUGGGCAUGUAAGAUGUCAGCACGGCCUGGUCGGUUCAAGGCUUUCCAUCCCAACUUCCUCUGGCAUUCGUUUCACCCCGACAACGAUAUGCACCGAAUCAAGUCUUCGAGCGAGAGAGAGCCAUAUACUAACAGCUACGUAUUCUCAGUCCGAACUUUUACCGACGACUCUGGAACAGGGCUCCUACGCACAUCGCUUACGACUAUCGAAAUUCUUCCCUUUCAGCAUUAACGACUCCCCCAUAACGGCCUGUUGAGUGAAUAUAAGCGCAUCCGCAAGUCAUUAGCAGCCACAUUCUGUCCCUUCAUUUCUUUCCUACGAGGAGUACAAAAGUGUAGUUUGGGCGCGUUACAGUGCAC